AUGUUAGGAGGCAGGGAAAUAGAGUUGCUGAGAGAUUGCGGCUGCACACACUCAUUAGCUCGGACGGAUUUGGUGGAUCCCAAUCUGGUCAUACCUGGGGAAACACUUGAGAUAAAGGGACUUCUGGCUGGAACAGUGGUUUCCGUUGCCAGAGUAUAUCUCAUUAGCAAGCCCUAUGGUAUAGCUGGAUGGGUUAAAGUAGGAUUACUAGAUGUCCUACCAGUUGACCUAAUACUGGGUAAUGAGCUAGUUGAUGAUGUAGAAUUGGUCAUCCCUCAGGCAACUAAUCAGGCUGCGAGUUUAGUCGUAACUCGUAGUAAGACUAGAGAAGAAAGCGCAAAGGCAGCUAAACAGGAGGAAGAAAUUAACAAGUUAGGAACAAAGACUACCAAUUUGUUUGAGAAAGAGGAGGCUAACAAUGAGAAGGGGCAAGGUAACAAAAGGGAUGAAAAGGGUGGAGAGAUAGAUUCUGGUGAGGGUAGUGAAAGUGAAGAAAACAUAGUAGACAAAGAUCUCCCUUUUCCAAGUCCACAGAUUAACUGUCUAGACGUAGAAAGGAGUAAACUCAUUGAAGCUCAACAGGAGGAUGAAUCCCUAAAAUCUACAUGGGAGAAAACAGUAGAUGAGGAAGAAACAGAGCAGAGUAGAAAUUGUUUCUAUAUUAGUGAUGGGGUCCUAAUGCAAAAGUGGGCAAGUAGAAAUACAAACGAGGAGGAAGUCCAUAGGCAAGUAGUUGUCCCAAGAAAGUUUAGGAUGAAACUUCUGGAAAUAGCCCAUGACAACUUAACGGGUGGACACUUAGGGGUAAAGAAAACACAACAGAGGCUGUUGCAAAAUUUCUACUGGCCAGGAUUAUUCCAAGAUGUAGCGGAAUAUUGCAAAACGUGUGGGCCAUGUCAGAAAUGUGUAGGGCAAUCAAAACGAGGGAAAGCUAAACUUGUCUCUGUACCAGUAAUUGGGCCCCCUUUCCGCAAGGUAGCUAUGGAUAUAGUUGGCCCCCUUCCUCGAACCAAAAAGGGAAAUAGAUUCAUCUUAGUGGUGUGCGAUUAUUCAACAAGAUACCCCGAAGCUGUCCCUCUCUCUUCAAUCGAGGCUGAAAAAGUAGCAGAUGAGUCGGUAAAGAUAUUCAGUAGGGUUGGGAUUCCAGAGGAGAUUCUCUCUGAACAGGGAGCUAAUUUCAUGUCCCAUUUGAUGAAACAACUGUGUGCUAGUCUCGGAAUUAAGCAAAUGAGGACAAGCCCUUACCAUCCCCAGGCAAAUGGACUAGUUGAACGAUUCAAUGCCUCCCUCAAGAAUAUGUUAAAACCAUACUGUCUAGAGAGGGAUGCAACAUGGGAUGACCUCAUCCCCUUCAUGCUUUUUGCAUACCGGGAAGUCCCACAAGAAUCAACAGGAUCCUCCCCCUUUGAGUUACUAUAUGGGCACAGAGUUAGGGGUCCCCUUGAUGUAGUACGAGAAACAUGGACGGGAGAGAUACCUGGAAAUGAAGGUAUUGUUUCAUACGUGUUAGAUAUGAGAGAAAGGCUAGGGGAAAUGACAAAAGCAGCUCAAAUAAAUCUAUCUGAAGCUCAAACCAGACAGAAAGUAUGGAAUGACAUGAAAGCGCGAGUACAAGAGAUAGAGGUAGAUCAACAAGUACUAGUGUUGCUUCCAACUUCUAACAAUAAGUUGAUAGCAAAAUGGCAGGGCCCCUAUCGGGUGAUACAGAAAAUAAGUGAUGUAAACUAUGCAGUAGAAAUGGGGGACAAAAGAAAGAAACACAGGGUCUUCCAUGUAAACAUGCUGAGACCAUGGAGGGACAGACAGGACUUAGUCUUGUUCGCAGACAUAGUUGAUAGUGAAGAAGAUGAAGAUUUGGAAACCUUUGUCGAACCACUGACUUAUGACCCCAAUCCAAGCGAGGUAGAAAUACCUGACCACCUGGCUGCUGAACAGUCUGAACAAUUGUCGGUCAUACUAGAUGAGUAUUCAGACAUACUAAGUGAAAGACCAGGGAGGACUGACGUUACAGAGCAUGAUCUGAAGACUAGUACUGACAGACCAAUUAGACAAAAGGCGUAUCGCAUCCCCCACACAAUCAAGAAUAAAGUUAAGGAUGAACUUAAGGAAAUGUUAGAGGCAGGAAUUAUCACAGAGUCAGAUUCACCUUAUGCGAGUCCACUAGUGAUUGUGAAAAAGAAGGAUGGAGCACUGAGAUUAUGCGUUGAUUAUCGUAAGCUUAAUGAAGUAACCGAAUUCGAUGCAUAUCCAAUGCCUAAUAUAGAAGAGAUUAUUGAUCAAUUAGGACAGGCUAAGUACAUAACCACCAUGGACUUGACAAAGGGGUAUUGGCAGGUCCCUCUAACUGCUGCAGCUAGCAAAAAGUCUGCAUUCAUCACCCCUUUUGGUCUUUACCAAUUUCAGGUGAUGCCAUUUGGAAUGCAAGGCGCGCCCGCCACUUUCCAGCGAUUGAUUGAUAGGGUAUUGCGCGUCGCCAGUGAUUAUGCUACUGCGUACAUUGAUGAUAUCAUUGUAUUUAGUAAAACAUGGAAGGAGCAUCUGACACAUCUACGAGAAGUUCUAGAUAGGUUGAGAGAUGCUGGUCUGACAGUAAAGCCCAGCAAGUGCAAAUUUGCACGACAAGAAGUGUUGUACUUGGGAUUUGUUUUGGGAGGGGGCAGUGUAAGACCAGAACCAGCUAAGAUAGAAGCUGUGGUGAAUUCUGCACAGCCAGUCACAAAGACAGAUGUUAGGGCAUUUCUAGGGCUUACUGGAUAUUAUAGGAAAUUCAUUCCUAAUUAUAGUAAGGUGGCAACCCCUCUCACAGAUCUUACAAAGAAAUCUGAACCAAGACUAGUAAAAUGGAAUGAUAAAUGCACACAGGCAUUUCAGACACUAAAGCUAGCAUUGACACAAGCUCCUGUGCUCAGGAACCCAGAUUUUGAUAAGGAAUUCAUUGUCCAAGUAGAUGCAUCUGACCCCGGCAUUGGGGCAGUCUUGAGUCAGAAAAAUGAUGAAGGCGAAGAUCAUCCCAUUGCAUACAUCAGUAGAAAACUUCUACCAAGAGAAGUUAAAUAUGCCAUUGUGGAAAAAGAGUGCAUGGCGAUAGUGUGGAGUGUACGCAAAUUCCAACCAUACCUUUUUGGUAGACAGUUUGUGGUUCAAACUGAUCACAAUCCACUUAGAUGGCUACAGCAAAUGAAAAAUGAUAAUGCUAGGCUAAUGAGAUGGAGUCUAGCACUCCAAGCCUAUCCAAUGAAAAUUGAGCACAGGAGUGGAGCAAAGAAUGGUAAUGCUGAUGGCCUAUCUCGCAUGUAA